UAACUUCACAACAACAGCUCUUUGUCAGUUGGAGAGCAACCAGCAACAGGAAUACAACCAACACAAAGCUACAACACAACAACUGCUCGUGCCCGUGACUGCUUACUUACCUGUGUGCGCGCGCUCUCGUUGAGUUUCUCUCCAAACAGGUUUGACCAGGAGGACACACCUGCACAGAGAAAAAGGAAGCCCCGUGCGCUCAGACGCCAUUCUGUGCUCAAUCUUUGACCUCUGAGGACGACACACGGAUAGAAAACCGACCAGGGAAACUUUUUAAUAACUUCGUUUUUUAUCAAUUUUUCAUCAUGAAGAUGUUGAUUGCUCUUGUUGUCGUCGCCUUCGCGGCGGCAGCCUCAGCCUGUUCAUGUGAUACUAUGAAGUGGGCCACCUGUGAUGGAACUCCAUGCACGUGUACCCUUCUGGUUGACUCCGGCGUCAAACAACCACUGGACUGCAAAAAAUUGAUCCCUAAGUGCUACUUGAUGAAGGCGGAGAUGUACAGAGCUAGAAAGGGGUUGAACACCCGUACCAUAGGAGGAAAACCAGUCGAGACUGCCUUUGUGGACAACGAUGGCAUCUACGACCCAGACUGUGAGAAUGACGGCAAAUUCAAGGCCAAGCAGUGCAACAACACAGAGGAGUGCUGGUGUGUCAACAGCGCCGGCGUUCGUCGUACAGACAAAGGAGACAAGAACUUGAAAUGUGACAAACUGGUGGAGACAAACUGGAUCCGUCUGCAGCUGACACACGCCCCGGUCAAAGCUGACGCUAAAGUGAAUGCUGACAACCUGAAAGUUGCCAUCGCUGAUGCCAUUAACAAACGUUAUGACAACUUCAACAAAGAACUGGUGGAGAAAGUUGAGUACGACCCUGAAGCACGCCUGAUUGUGGUGGAUGUGAAGAAGCCAAAGGGCGACAAGAGAGACCUGACCAACAUGGCCUACUACAUGGAGAAAGAUGUGAAGGUUCUGCCCCUGUUCAAGAACCAGGAUGCGUUCGAGCCCACCGUGAGUGGAACCAAGCUGCCGAUGGAGAAGAUCCUGGUCUACUACGUGGAUGAGGAGCCCCCCACCUUCACCAUGCAGCACCUGUCUGGUGGCAUCAUCGCCGUCAUCGUGGUGGUGGUGCUGGCUGUGGUCGCCGGCCUGCUGGUCCUGUUCUUCGCCAGAAAGCGACAGAAUCAGAGAUACAACAAAGCCCAGCAAAGAGAGAUGGAGGCCAUGUAAAGUCUUCAUUGCAGCAGGAGACUAUGAAGAGUCAGCUUGUACAUCAACCUUUUGGAUUACUUUUUGCAGUGGGAGUGUGCCAUUUUUACCAUGUUACUUGAGGAAUACAGAUUGUAAAGGGACAAUCAACCUUUUUAUCCAUGUUGGCACUACUGGUUCAGCCAUUUAUUUAUAAAUCGUGUAAAGUCUUAAUGCAUCGUCCAAUCUACAUGCCAUAAACAAUUGUGCUUUUUUAAAAUAUGCCUGCCACGUUUUAAAUGUUAGAACUUGUUGAAUGGUUUAAAAUUCUACGUCAUAGAUUGUACAGUUUCUUACUUACUAAUGUGUGUUUGUUUGGAUUGUUUUUAAUAAAAAAUGUCUUAAAAGAC